UUUUCUCCAGAGGGCCACCCCUUUGAGGUCUCAGAGGAGCAAUGGAUGUCUCAGGGUUUCUUAUAUCAGAAGUGAAUGGCUUCAUGGGGACAGUGGUCUUGAUCGUGGUUCUCCUGGCCCUUCUGAAGUGGUAUUCCAUGUCAGCAUUCUCAAGACUGGAGAAGUUGGGCAUCAGACAUCCCAAGCCCUCUCCUUUCAUUGGAAAUUUGACAUUUUUUCGCCAGGGUUUUUGGGAAAGCCACUUGGAACUCAGAAAACGCUAUGGACCUCUGUGUGGAUACUAUCUUGGACGUCGGAUGUAUAUUGUGAUUUCUGAUCCAGACAUGAUCAAGCAGGUGUUGGUUGAGAAAUUCAGCAACUUUUCCAACAGAAUGGCGUCGGGGUUGGAGCCCAAGCCAGUAGCCAACAGCAUCCUGUUCUUACGUGACAAAAGAUGGGAAGAGGUGAGAGGUGCCCUGACUUCGGCUUUCAGUCCAGCAAAGCUCAAUGAGAUGCUGCCACUCAUCAGCCAAGCCUGCAAACUUCUCCUGGCUCAUUUAAAACCCUAUGCGGAAUCUGAGGACGCAGUCGACAUCCAGAGGUGCUAUUGCUGUUACACCACAGAUGUGGUGGCCAGUGUGGCCUUUGGCACCAAGGUGGACUCCCAGAAUGCACCUGAAGACCCCUUUGUGGAGCACUGCCGACGUUUCUUCACACUUUGCCUUCCCAGACCCCUCCUGGUUUUAAUCUUAUCGUUUCCAUCCAUAAUGGUCCCACUGGCCCGGAUUUUGCCCAAUAAGAACCGAGAUGAACUGAAUGGCUUUUUUAACAAACUCAUUAGGAAUGUGAUUGCCUUACGGGACCAGCAAGCAGCAGAAGAGAGGCAGAGAGACUUCCUCCAGAUGGUAUUAGAUGCCCAGCAUUCUGCAAGCUCCGUGGGCGUGGAGGACUUCGACAUGGUCAAAGAAGUCCUGUCCCCUGCCAAGUACAGCGCGGGUCCUCCCCGUCGAAGCCAGCCCGCAGCCUUGUCCCAGCCUUUGAGUGGGGAUGAGAUAGUGGGCCAGGCCUUCCUCUUCCUCAUUGCUGGCCACCAGAUCAUCGCCAACACACUCUCCUUCAUCACCUACCUGCUGGCCACCCACCCUGACUGCCAGGAGAGGCUGCUGAGAGAGGUGGACCUCUUCACGGAGAAGCAUCCGGUCCCUGAGUACUGCAGCCUGCAGGAUGGCCUACCCUAUCUGGACAUGGUGAUCGCGGAGACCCUGAGGAUGUACCCCCCAGCUUUCAGAUUCACCCGGGAAGCAGCCCAGGACUGCGAGGUGCUGGGACAGCGCAUUCCCGCAGGUGCCGUACUGGAGGUGGCUGUGGGUGCCCUGCACCAUGACCCUGCAUACUGGCCACACCCUGAGACCUUCAACCCUGAAAGGUUCACGGCAGAGGCCCGUCUGCAGCAGAGGCCCUUCACGUACCUACCCUUCGGAGCUGGGCCCCGGAGCUGCCUUGGUGUGCGGAUGGGAUUAUUGGUGGUCAAGCUGACGCUAUUCCACAUCCUGUGCAAUUUCCGCUUUGAGGCUGGCCCUGAGACUCAGGUUCCAUUGCAGCUAGAAUCCAAAUCUGCCUUAGGCCCCAAAAAUGGCGUGCACAUCAAGAUUGUAUCCCGCUGAUGGAGAAGAUGCCCAGGGAGAAGGGAGUGCAUCGUGACUCACACACCUACAAACCACUAUUAGGAGGGACCCUUGAAAUUCCAGAGAAAGUCUCAUGUGGAGCUGGAAAUGCUUUAUAAGAAGUAUCUCUGGGGUGAUUAAAUGGUUCCUCCACACAUGAGCAUAAAAGAGGUUAUUUAAUGCAACUGUUCCUACAUGCUAAAUAAACAUUUGUCACACUUGG